CAACCGUAACCAACAUUUGGAAAUUUGGCCAAGUAUUAAGAAGCAUUUUUUCAUAAUUAUUACAUAUUCUCUUCAUCUUCUUCUUCUUCUUCUCAUAUAAUAAUUGCUUUCUCCUUGACAUUUACUCUCCAACCAGUAGAGAAAUAUGGGAAAGUCAGGCACAAGGUUACCAAGCUUUUGCCUCAAUAGAAUUAAGCCUCAUGUUAAAAUUGUUCGUUCACCGCCCAUACAAUCCAAGCCUAAUAUUAACAGUCUUAAUUCAUCUUCUACAAGUACUAAAAAUGAUCAGAAGAUUGAGAAUCCAGAAGAAGAGAAAUCUAGUGGAGGAGUGAUCAAACCGUUGAAUGUUAUUGGAAGGAAGAUCAUGAUUGUGGUUGAUUCAAGUUUUGAAGCUAAAGGAGCUUUGCUUUGGGCACUUUCUCAUACUGUUCAAAGUCAUGAUCUUCUCGAUAAAAGAAAUUUUCUUGAAACAGCCAAAAUUGCAAUUGAAUAGUCUAGCAAGGAGCAGAGAGCUCCUCCAAGGGCUUAUGAACUUGUAAAUUCCUUGAAGAACAUGUUCCAAUUAAGGAGACCUGAGAUACAAAUAGAGAUUGCAGUUGUAGAAGGAAAGGAGAAAGGGCCAUUAAUAGUGGAAGAAGCUAAAAGGCAAGGAGUGGAACUUCUGGUUCUAGGGCAAAAGAAGAGAUCGAUGACAUGGAGAUUGAUAAUGAUGUGGGCAAGCAAUAAGGUGACAGGUGGAGGAGUUGUAGAAUAUUGCAUCCAAAAUGCUGAUUGUAUGGCCAUUGCAGUUAGAAGAAGGAGCAAAAAAGGUGGAGGCUAUUUGAUCACCACUAAGCGUCACAAAGAUUUCUGGCUCUUAGCUUAAUUAAUUAAUUUAAUUAAUGUCUAAUUAUUUUAUUUCUUUUCUUUUCUUUUUAUUAAUAUAUGUACACUUUUUUCCCUGGUCUUGAUGUCCUGUGGAUUGCUAUUUGUUUAUUUUUUAAUUUGUAAACAUUGCUUUUGUAAAUGAUAAAGUGUAAUAAUACAUGAAAAGGGCAUUGGGGUGUGAACUAAA